UGUCGAAUUCCGCGAGAGUAAUCAUCACGCGUUUAUUUGCAAGUGGGUAUACGCUCAUUUCUUGAUGCUUGCUUGCGCUUCUCAAAUAGGUUAAAAGCAUGAAGCUUUUGAAGAUUUUGGUUCAGAUAUAAAGAAGGAAUCAAGAAAAGCCAUUAAAUAAAGGAACGUUUUUGGGGAAAGAUAUAAAAUUAUGGGUAGGGGAAGAGUAGAGUUGAAGAGAAUAGAGAACAAGAUCAACAGGCAGGUGACUUUUGCUAAAAGAAGAAAUGGACUUCUGAAGAAAGCUUAUGAGCUCUCUGUUCUUUGCGAUGCUGAAGUUGCUCUCAUCAUCUUCUCUAACCGUGGCAAGCUCUAUGAAUUCUGCAGCACCUCCAACAUGCUCAAGAUGCUUGAAAGGUACCAGAAAUGCACUUAUGGCUCAAUGGAAAUCAACAGAUCAGCCAACAAUGCUGAGCAAAACAGCUACAAGGAGUACAUGAAACUAAAGGCCAAAUACGAUUCUCUACAACAGUACCAAAGGCAAGUUUUUGGGGAGGACCUGGGGCCCCUUAGUCUCAAGGAGCUUGAACAACUAGAACGACAACUGGACUCUACUUUGAGACAAAUCCGGUCCAUAAGGACACAAUCAAUGCUUGAUCGGCUUUCCGAACUUCAAGUCAAGGAAAGGAUGUGGAUUGAAGCUAAUAAAGCUUUGCAGAAUAAGCAGCUGGAAGAAGUGUAUGCAGAAAAUCAAGCAGGACCAUCAUGGGCGGCAGGUGAUCAUCAUCAAAACUGUUGUUCAUAUGAACAACAACAACAUGAUCAGCAUCCUCAAUCGCAGGAUUUCUUCCAGCCGUUAGAUUGUAACUCCAAUUUGCAAAUUGGGUUAUAUAACGAAGUUGGUCCAAGCCAUUUAACGGAUUCGACAAAUGGGCAGAAUCUGAAUGCAUUAGUCCCUGGAUGGAUGCUUUGACCUAAUUGAUCAUGAUAUGGUCAACCUUUAUCGUUUUUGGUGAUACAAAUCUAUAAUAUAUAUUUUAUUAAUUUGAAUAAUCUUUUUUGUCUGAAUUUCGGGACUUAUACGAAAGGUUUGUAAGAAUCUUGCAUUAUAAAUUACACAAGAACAACC